GCUCAGCGGUGGUGGGCCCCACAGGCUCUGCGCUGCGCCGUUGCCCUCUUAAGGGGGCGGUCCUCGCCGGCAGCUGAGCCAAUGGGAUCGAGAGAAGGCGUGGCUUCGGGGUUUGCCGGCAAACUUGAACCGAGGCGCGGAGCUCUGAGAAGACAGAGCGCCCAGCUGAGAAAGACGGUGAAGGAAUCGCUCUCGCUUCAAGCAUGAAACAGCUACCGGGUAAUGUGAAGGAAAAGCUCCAGAGGCUCCAUGCCUUAAGCACUUUGAAGGCCAGAAAUUACAUUUGCUGGCUGAAGCAGGUUCGCUGUAGACCUGGCGGUUUUAUGGAAGCAAUGAAGGCAGAAGUCGAGAGACUGGACAGGGAGAAGAAGAGACACAACAAGUUUUGCUCUCCACACUGGCCACCAGUCAUCUCAGUGACUGAGAGAGAGAGGAGAAAGAGGUUCAGGAGAGAGCUUGAGAAGGCCCAGUCUGCUCAGGCCAAGAAAAGGAGGAGGAAGGGAUCUAAACCAGUUCCUGUGACCAGAUGUACAGUGUACAGGAGAAAAAAGACUGUGGAGGAAGACAACAGGAUCCUGGAGGAAGCUGGAACGGUCCAUCACCAGCAGGCCCCAGCUGGACUCCCCUGCAACCUGUGUGGACAGCCAAAGAGGCUGGAGUUUGGCCAUGCCACCUAUAAGGGCACAAGUUUCUGCUCUAACACCUCUGGCCAGAGCGCCCAUGACUGGCUGACAGAGCAGAGGAGGAAGGCCGGAGAGAAUAAGGGAAGACGCAUCCCAAAAAGCACAGCCUGGAACAUGAAGAGGAGAAGGCAAAAGGAACAGGAGGCUGAGGAGCUGGGAAUUAGCUUAAAAGAAAGAAAGAGGCCCGGCUACCAAAUAUGCCAGCUGUGUGGCCAGCCACGGCAAAAGGCAUACGGGCACAGUCGCUACAAAGGCGUCCCAUUCUGCUCAGCCUAUGAAGGGAAGUCGGUAGAACUGUGGCUCGCCGAGCAACGCACCGCAGAUCGGGAGGGCAGACCUGUGCAAAGUCGGAGUGGGAGGAAAUAAGACCAGACAGAAGAAAAUCUGCCCAGCCCUCCUGAACACAAAGUCCAUAAAUAGUUAAUGUGCAACCUCAUAGCUUGUAAAUAUAUCUGUUUGUAUUUGAUUUACACAUUUUAUCUUUACUAUAUUUCUUUUGUU